AAAGUGACGAAACCGCAGGGGUGGCCAAAACGGCUUCGGGAUGUGCUCCUCCGUUUUGCGGUAGUGUGGUCGUGUGGUUCUUUCGCCAAAGCUGAGCAAAAUACGAAGCCUUGAGCUCUUCCCGGCGUGCGAUGGCGGUUUCGCGUUUUCCUGAUGACCUGUAACUAAACCUCUGGACCGCGGCAAGAAGUGAUGGACAACGAGGACCCUCCCGACGCCGUCCGUAGCUUCCACCAAGCAUGGAAAGCUCGCCAUCUCCAUCUCUAGCCCGCAUCACCUCACAGAAUGUCGUCGCUGCUCUUCGACGUGGGCAAUGACGGUCGGUGCGGAAGCUGCACCCCGCCGCCCUCCUCGCAGCAGAGCCACCCCUGCUACCAGGGUGGCUCGCACUCCGGGGCGGUCACCUUGGGGUCGGCGAGGGUGCCCCCCUUCGUGCCCCGGCCCCACCGUGGCGGGGUGGGCACGGAGGCCCUCCUGCCUCUUGCGGGAGGGGGCAGCGGAGGAGGGGACGGCAGCCAUCAUCAACAGCGGAGGACGCAGUCCGCGGCCUCGGGGACCGCGUCCGCCGUGUCGUCGACGGUCACCUGCAACGCCCACGAGGUCUGCCACUACUUCCAGCAGGUGUUCUACGUCUCUGCCAUCUUGACGGGCAUAGCGCUGGUCAUAGCCGGCGCCAUCCAGACCGGCGCGCCAGACGACCUCGAAUCUUCCGCCGCCGCCGCCGCGAGCGUCGACGUGGCGGGUGCGUCUGCCAACGUCGGCGACGCGGGCCGUGGUGGGGACCUCCUGGUGUUUGUCUACAUUGGGGUGCUGCUCAUCGGCGUCAACGUGUCGCUGCUCCUGCUCCAGUGCUACGUGCGUAGCAAGGAGCUGCGGAGGGCCAGGCGCUCUGCGGCGGCGCAAAACGCGACGGUGGUGGUGGCACCACCUGCAGGCGCCGCGGUGCACUACAACCCCCUGGUGUCCGGAGCACCCCCCAGACAGGUGGCGCUACCGUGCACAGUAGGUGGUCCGUCGGCCCUGCUUGCCCAACAGCCAGCGGUGCUGCCGUCCCCCAGCGGCAAGGGUCAGCCACGACGAGGCUACCCGCCCACUUCCGUGCACAGCGCCGCCACGGCACCGACCUUCCCCACCGCCCAGCCUCACUGCUGGCUGCUCCCUCCAGCGUCUCGUGCCGCCACCACGGUUGCCAGCCAGCCGCCGCCAAGUUACGACAAUCUAAUGGUGGCCAAUCAUGUGCCACGGGAUGUGGCAACGCUGCAUCUUAUUUAACCUUCGCCCCUUUGGUUGGACAACUUAGUCAAAUUACGCUCGAAACAACUCUCCCUUUUAUGGACAGUAGUGCGGUGGGGUGUCUGCGUGCUGUUGACAGCAUUUUUUUAUACCUCCCUAUUCAUCCGGACACUCACAAAAUGCCAGGUAGAAGUGUCGGACAACUGUUGCCGUCUGCAAUGGCCAACACCGUAGCAGAUGACUGCCAUUCUGAAAUGACGCAUCUUGUCGGAAUAUUUUUUAGCAACUUUAAAUUUUGUCUUUUUUCUUUUUGGUUUGGCAUGUUUUUUUUAUGAAUCCUCAUGCGGCAUGUUGCAAUACCAGCUUUCUGAACCAUUGUAUUCGUACAAGGGCUGUUGGCGCUCACCACUGAUGCUCAUUUACAAAGCAAAUGGAUGAACUGAUUGCGUGUGUCGUAGUACCUGUGCUAUUUGUGUUUGAAUGCUUGGAAUGUAUGCUUCGCUUCAUUUGACAUUGUUAUUUAUUGAUGUGCACUUCAUCCUUUCAUGUAUGUGCGUGCUAGCUGUUUCGAUGAAAUAUGGGUGUUUUUGCCCUGCCUAUUUAUUAUGUGUUUAUUGAUGUAUUACGCAAACAAAUGUCACAAAAAUGUUUUUUUAAAGUAUGUCGUUGAAUGUCU